UGGUACUGAAAAUGAAACUGUACAAUGUUUUUUUGGACAAAUAAAAAAAAUACGUAUAUUUUAUUGAUUAUAUUGAUUAUUUUUUCAACAAACACAUCACUUCUUUUAUAAAUAUUGAUACAAAAUGAACAUAAGCUGUGUGAUUUGCAGCGAUUUAUUUAAUCCAGCAGCUGAAGUUUACAUCACACAAUGCGGGCACAUGUUCCACUUUGCCUGUUUACUACACUGGAUAGAAAGAUCGAAAACCUGUCCGCAAUGUAGGUGUAAGUCAACAGAAAAAACAAUUCAUAGGGUAUAUUUCAAUUUAGCGAACACCGAUGGGAUCACAGACGAUGUAGGUACUUUAAUGAGUAAGCUUGAGAAUAUCCAAUUUCAGAUGUCCUUAAAGGAAAAGGAUGUUAAAAUAUAUCAAGAUAAGUACAAGAAAUCUCUACAUAAAGUUACUCUUUUAAGAGAAGAAGUAACUGAAUUGGAAAGUAAAAUGAGGGUUCAUGAAUCUGCCAUGCAUGCCCUCAAGGAACAAAUCUCGUACUUCAAAUCAAAGGCGAGAGAUAGCGAUAAACUCGCAGAAGAGGUGAUGAAGCUGAAGCACAGUAUUAAGGACAUGGAAAACAUUCAGAUAGCAUUGAAUGGUACGAGAGAAGAGGUCAACGAAAUACUGCGGAACGAGAACAACAUCGAAUCUCUGGCUAUAUUAUCCGCAACCUUAAAAAAGUCCUUGUUAGAUGCCGAGAGAAAAAAACGUGACAUGGACUAUAACUUGAAAAGGGCACAGAAUGACUCUAAUAAGUACAGGAGAGAAGUGACCACGCUAGAAUGCCAAAAUAACGAUUUGAGAAAAGAAAUGCAGUAUUUAAGAGACAACAUGGAGAAAGAAAAACAAUAUCUAAAAAAUAAGAUAUGCGAGUUGAACAAAAAAAUAUCUGCCGAAAAUUUAGACGUCACAAAUACUAGUUUUAAACGGAUAAUAACAGAAAGUCCGGUGAAUUUUAAUAAAACGCCCCAGCUGUCCGCUUCCCACGAUAUAAACGACACAGCAUCACCUUCCUUGGAAGAAAAAGUUCAGAAAAUUGUCGAUUCAGAUUCGCCUUAUCUGCCAGUAAAAUCAAGUAACAUCCCCCUGGAUUACGCAUCUCUUUUACAUAGUAAAACCAAAAUAGGCGCGACUAAAAACGGGUUUUCAAUAUUUAAGACUGCAACGAAAACUUUGGACAACAUCAAGCAAUUGAAGGUGAACCAUGAAGUGGUUUACAACGGGUUAGGGGGUUCCAGUAGAGAGGAAGUUUUCCCGUCACCAAAGCCCACUCAGACUGGUUUGAAACGCCACAAAUCGGGUUCGGCCAUUUCAUCGAGUAAAUUCAGGAAACUUGCACCAACCGCGACCAAAACCAAAGUUACUCAAUUUUUAAAUCAAGCUAAUAGUCAGUGAUAUGUAUAUUUUUACUUUAUGGUCUCGUAUUAAAUUUAUUUUUUUUUA